AUGGCUGACCCAAUGCUAACGUCGCUGUGCGCCAUCUGCCACAUCGCGGCGCCCAAAUACAAGUGCCCGCGGUGCGGCUUGCGCAGCUGCUCGCUCGCCUGCAUCAAGAAGCACAAGGCGUGGUCCGAGUGCAGCGGCGCGCGCGACCCAACGACCUACCUGCCGCCAUCACGGCUGCGCACGCCCGCCGGCGUCGACCACGACUACAAUUUCCUACACGGCAUCGAGCGAUCACUGGAGCGCACCGAGCGCGUGCUCGUCGACGAGCGCCGCCUAGUGCAGCCCGAGGAGCUGCGACCGAUGACGAUGCAAGAGGUGCGCUGGAAGACGGGCCGCGACGGGCGCAAGCGAAAAGUGCUCGUGACGCGGCUGCUGCGCGAAGCCAAGGGCCGGAACUUUGAGCGGUUCCUGGCGCAGAAGCUGCGCAAGCUCAACAUCGAGGUGAUUUGCGUCCCAACGGGCAUGACGAGGCAAAAGGAAAACAAUACGACGUUGAAUAGGAGGACGUCGAGGAUUAACUGGCAAGUGGAAUGGUUUGUGAUGACCGACGCCGGUGCGCAAACGCAAGACGAGGGGAGAACAGCAACCAACGCCACGAGGUUCCUGUCAAAAGUCAUGGACAAUAUACCGCUACACGAAGCAUACCGGACGAUGCUUGAUGAGCAACAAGCCGCAAAGCGACGACAGGCGAAGAAAGAAGGCCGCGCGACCGAAGAGCAAACCCUAUACUACGGAAGCUGCCCAGAGUCACGCUGCUGGCCGUCGCCGACGACCAUGCAAGAUCCGCAGACUGGCUUGUGGUUCGCUUGCACAGGGCCGGGCAUCGACCUGUGGCCCCAUGAAAAGCAGCGCGAAUACCAAUUCUUCCUCGCUCGUCCGCAAACACGGCGCCCCGAUCAACGCACCACAGUUUCGCCACUGCAAACAAGUGACUGCUUCCGCGACGCCUUGGCCAAUACGCGCGUCCUCGAGUUUCCCGCGAUUGUCGUGCUUCGCAGCGGGCAGCCCCUGCCAGAAACGUAUAUACUAGGGCCCAAGGAUACUGUAUCACCGGCGGCGGCGGCACCAGGUACUAUUGGGACGAAACGCAAGGAUGGGCCCGCUGAUGCUAAGAGCGGCGGCGACAAAGCGGCCAAGAAGCGCAAGAGCGAGGAUGUGGAGGAGGGCGAGGUGAACGAGGACGACAAUGAGGACAGUGAUGGUGCGGUGGGAGGGCUGUUGGAGGGCGAUGUUAUUGCGGAGCAGAGCAUGGGCGAGGACGAUGACGAUGAUGAUACCAGCAGCGCGGGAACGUCGAGCGAAUCAGAAAACGAAAUGGUCGAGUAG